AUGCCCGCUGUUCCAAGCGAGGACCAACAUGAGCGACAUGAAGCAUCUCAGACGCAGAUGCUCAAGGAUCGUCGCUUCAAGCUCAACAGGCGCACAAGUACCCUCGAGGAACGUAUGGCCCAGCUCGAGGCCCUGAUUCAGUCCAUGCCGGCGAAUAUCUUUCAGACGACGCAGAAAUCCGACCAGCCGCCUCCGUCAGCGACAAGCGAGCGUUCGUCCGUCUCAUUUCCGGCUAUUGCACCGUUUCCUACUAUGGGCGUAUUACCCCCGGGCUUUUCGACUUCAAAGCUCACAAAUCCAGCGACCCAUUUCGUCCCUCCACCAUCAGCGACGGACAAUAUCACCACCAACAUGGCCAACGUCACGCUGUCCCCCACCUAUCUCUACUGGGACGACGAGGGCUUUACGCGCUGGCAAGGUGCAUCGUCUGGGCUGCCACUCCUCGACUCGCUCGUCGAACGCAGUUUGCCGGCCCAAUCCGGAGACGCUACAGCUACCAAGGCAAACUUUUCCGAACAAAAGGCACCAGAUGGUUCCAUGACUGCGGCACCAAACUACUUCCCAGAUCGCCUCUCAAACGGCACGGUGACGGCCUCUAUCCCCCCAGAUCUGAUGGAUGGACUCGUCCAGUCCUACUUGUCGACAACGUUUUACCUCAUGCCGUUCUUGCACAUCCCUACCUUUUUGCACGACUAUAGCAAUCCGACAAAAUGGGGCGAACCCGGUUUCGUCUCGUUUGUCACGGCAGUGUGCUGCCUCGCGUCUCGCCAUGUCGAUGACAAGCGUGUUCGCGAGGACGCCAAUGAUCCUUUUUCGAGCGGAACGCAUUGGUUCGGCUUGUUCAACAAACUCCGUGCAUUGCCAGCUGCGGAUCGUCCGACGCUCUACACCGUCCAAGCCGUUCUCGUCGCUGCAGUCUAUGCAGUAGGACUCGGACGACUCUCCAAGGGGUUUUCGCUCCUUUCCGAAGCAGUCACGCUGUCCAUUGACGCAGGUUUGCACCGUUCGUCUGAAGCAUACGACUGUUUCGACCAAAUCGAGACGGAGAUUCGUAAGAGGACGUUUUGGGCGGUGUACAUGUGGGACAAACAAGUUGGUGCCGCGUUUGGACGCCCCCCGCUCAUUCGUUUGCGCGACUGCGACGUUCCAGAGCCGACAUUGCUCGACGAUGAAAUGACAGCAAUUCAGAAUGGAUCGCCCAAGGGUGAAGUCGCACCUCGUUUAGCGGCGUUUGUCGCGGCGAUUCGGUACAUUGUCGUCCUCGAAGCCGUCCUCGACGGUCCGCCUCCACUCAACCCCGUGUCGGCGUCGUCGUUUUUGACCAUGGCUUCGACGACGUUGGUUGGGUUUAGGAGGAAUCAACUUAUGCAAGAGGAAGAGGCGCUAUUAGAUGAAGCGAUGAGCAUGGUGCCUUCGCCGUGGUUGUAUACGGCAGAUGGGACGCAGAAUCCCAUUGAUGACGAUGUGAUUCAGACAACGCAAAAGCACCGGUUGCAUUGUCUGGAGCAGUGGGUGAGGAUGCUCAUUCAUCGUCAACGACUUACCGUGGCCCUGUUCAAUGGUGCAGACGAAGAGGCAGGUCUUACCGAGGUACACGAGAUGAUUGCGUGUUACCAGUCGGCGGUCAAUUUGAUUCAUUCGCAACUCCAGAUGGCGACGCACGCGCUCAUGGGCUUUUUUGGUGUUGGCGCCAUUCAUCAGCUCAAUCAAGCUGGACGCACGCUCGUGGCUGUCCUCUUGAAUUGCAGGACGUCCUCUCCGUUCAUCCAGCAACAGCUUGUUGAGCCUGGUCUCGAGGCUUUGAGGAGUUGCGUCGUGCUGCUCAGGAGGUUUAGCGUGCGAUAUCUAUGCGGACUCCGCAGUGCUGAUCUGAUCGAAGAGUUUUGUCGGAUUUCCAAUGUUCCGUUGAACGCUCCGCCGUUUAUCGCCAAUACACAGAACCCUGCUGCGAGACGGGCAUGGUUGAGGCCUAUUCGGAAGAAGACGACGUCUGUCGCUGGAUCGGGAACGUCGCCCUCGGACUCUGGCUCGCCGUCGACCUUUGGGAACCAUCAUGAGGGAGGUGUACAUGGGAACGAAGUCGUACAACCUUCAAACGGGGUAGCUCCCAGUGCGCUUUCAACAAGCACGAGCUCUCCACAGUUGCAACCAGGCUAUUUGAACCCUGCGGCUGCCUUUGACGCGUACGAGGCGUUGAUCAACCCACCGCCGCCGCCUUCUACGAUUGGAAUGACGCCGUCCGUGUCGUCUGUGAAUGGCUUGGGCGAGACCCCAACGAGUACGUAUGCAUCGAUGAAUGGGACGGACCUAAUGGGGGAAACCUCGCCAGACGAUAUUCUUGCUCUGCUCAGUAAUACCAACUAUGAGGCGCCAUUCGACUUUGGGAUGCUGUAUUCGGCGGAUGGCAACUCGCAAAACCCGGCUACUUCCAACCCGUCGGUCUACUCGCCCAUGGGCUUUUCGUCUCUGAAUGCGUCGUCGUCGUCGUAA